AACGGUGUACAAAAUUUAAUCACUCAUAUUCUCUCAUUUGGCGUCGGUUUUCUUAGCGGUAUAGUUCGGCAAGCGUCCUCGCUCUUCUUGUUAACCAAGUUUCUCGGUGACUAGUUCUAACUACAUUUUAACAAAAAUGACGGAUGUUACGGCAAAGACGGAAACUACUCCAGUCCCCAAUGAGAAAGAGGUAGAGUCGGAUGAAGCGACUCCACAAGUAGCGUCCACGGACGCAAGUGAGGAAACCGCCGCCACCGACAAAACUGCCGCCGAAACCGAAAAGGUUGACGCUACUGACGCCGCCACAACCGAAGAGGCGGAGAAAAACGGUGAGGAGGAAAAGAAAGACAACGGUGUCGCCACUGAGGAGGACGCCGCGGCUGAAACCGAACCGAAAGAGUCGACAAACGAGGUGGAGGAGGAGGAGGGUAAGGAGCAGGAGGGCGCCGACAAAGUCGCCGAGGCCACCAAGAGGAAAGCCACCGAAGCGAAGGCUGAUGGUGCUGCCGUAGAGGUUGAUGGUGCUGAACAUACGACGCCCGAGAAGAAGGCGAAACUGGACGAGAGCAGCGACGCCAAAGCUGCCGAGGAAGUUUCAACUUAGAACCUAUAAACUAUAACUAUAUAUUAAUCAUCGUCGCAAAUGUUUCAAUUCAAUCCUUCAUACAUUCAAUAAACUAUUCUUUUCUGGAAGUAACAACACACAAA